GCCUCCUCUAUCUGGCUGGCUACACGCUACACUGGCCCCUGACGCAGCAGAAAGAGCACGUCUCACGUCAGUCGAAGAAGAGCGCGGAUGCGGGUGCAGUUUAGUCAGCAGUUGUGAGUAGCUCGAGGCGGAAAGAGAGAGGCUUCUCAGUUGUUUUGGUUUGAGGAGGAAGGAACAGCAUCGCGUUCACCAGCGCGGCGGGCUCGACGACGACGCUGUGCACCAUAACCUCUAAGGCGCUCCAAGAUCAUGGAUGAGCUACGCAGUGACCUGCUGGCCCUGGUCGUGUCGUAUCUGAGCCUGAAGGACGCCCUCGCCUGCCGGCUCGUGUGCAAGCGGCUCGCCGGCCUGGGGCAGCACUACCCGGAGGUGUGGGAGCGCCGAGCCCUGUCCGUCGAGGACGGCCCGACGGCGUGCCCGCUGCUGCGGCUGGCGCCGUGCGCCCGCGUGCUCUCGACGGCGGUCCCGGCGACGGCGCCGAGGUGCCACCACGGCGACCUGCGGACGACGGCGUGCGCCGCGCGGGAGCUGUCCAUCUCCAUGAAGCGCGUCCGGACCGAGGACGCCGCCGAGGCCGUGCAGAUCAUCAAGCGGCAGGAGGCGCUCGGGCGGCUGCGAGCAGUGCGUCUGCACUUCGACGUCGACGACGGCGCCUCUGCGACGGAGGACGCCGUCGCGUCGCUGUUCGGGACGCUGUCUUCCACCCCCGGCCUGGAGGGGGUGGCGCUGAGCGGGAACAUGGGCGACCUGCGCAUGUCACGCGUGACGGGUGUCCGCGGCUCCAUCAAGCCGUCCCUGAAGAGCUUCGCCUGCCACCUCGCCCCGGGGAUGCUGCCCUUCUUCAAGUGCAUGCUGGCCGGGCACGCCUCCACCCUGGAGGCCGUCCACUUCGACACCAGCUCGGCCUGCUCCGCCGCGCCCGCCGGCUCCGUGGCGCGCCUGCUGGCCGGCCUGCCCCGCCUGCGUAAGCUGAGCUGCCCCCUCGUGCCCGGGCUGGACAAGUUGGCCGAGUGCGAGUCGCUGAGGGAGGUGAAGCUCACCGUGACCCGGGACGGCGCGGACAACGCCGACAACGCCGCGGGGGCCGCGCAGCUGAUCGGCGCCGAACAGCUGCGCUCCGUCCAUCUGUGCUUUCUCCAUGGCGGCGCUUCGUCUGACGAUGAGUAUGAGGAUGUAGAUUCGGACGAUUCAGACAUUUUUGGAUUGUUUGAUGAAGAGCCCGGUGAAGAAGUCGCCAGGAAUUUGACCAUGGGCUUGGUUAUGGGGGAUUCCAAAGUGGAGGAGCUGUUCCUCGAAAUCGAAGGGGAGUCUCUGCAGUCAGUGCCGGUGCAGCUGAUGCUGGGGCUGCGAUAUCUGCCCACGCUGCGCCGCCUCCGGAUCAAGAUGUGCAUGUUCAGCGUGGACGAGGUGCUGCGGGGCAUCUUCAUCUUCAAACUCCCUUCGCUGCAGAGCUUGCAGAUAGUCUUGCAGGACGGCAUUGAUGAUGGCUCAUCCUCGAGAUGUUGCUUUCACUGGUUUCUACACCACGAUACGGUGAAGAAGGUGCUCUUGAAGAACCCCUGGCUCCACGUGGAGCUGCAAAAUGCAAUCUUUUGCAAAGACGUGGUUUCCGAAGAAACGUGUGAAUACUGUGAACCGCUGGUCUGCCACCAAGAGCUCUACGAUGUCGCCACGCCUGCCGAGUACGUCGUCGGCAUUUUCACGCACCCACCCGACGCGUGUCCGUCGGCAGUUCACCAUGCAUCUGGGCGCCGUUGGUUCCACACUAGCGAUCUGUGACAUCCAUUAUGACAUUCAAACUGUUUUUAAAAUGUAUAGUGCGUUUUUAUAUUUGUAACUUUUUUUUGUCAGUCAAUGAGAGAUGCACAUUAAACUGCUAUGUCAUGGAUAAA